AUGAAGAUAACCACAGUUCCAAUUCUUCUGACCCUGGCUCUUUGCCUCAUACAAGAUGCUGCCAGUAAGGAUGGAAAUCAGGAAACUUGCAAUGAAUUUCGAGCAUUGAUGAAAAACGGAAAACUGUUGUGUUCUCAAGAGCAACCCUCUUAUGCUGGUCCUGAGGGACUAAACUUCAUCGAUAGAUGUGUCUCAUGCAAAGAGAUACUAGAAAAAGAAGCAAAAUCGGAGGAAAAGGCUAGACUUUCAGCAAGAGAUACUGCCCCAGCAAAGUUGAAUUGUGAUGACUUCAAGAAAGGAGAAAGAGAUUUUGUUUGUAGCUUUGAUAAUACAGCUGUUUGUGGCACAAAUGGAAAAACAUACAGCAACAGAUGUGCACUCUGUGCCGAGAAUGUUAAAACUGGGUCUCAAGUUGACAUAAAAAGCGAAGGGGAAUGUGGGAGCAGUGGCCCCGAACAGGAUGUGUGUAGUGCUUUUCGACCAUAUGUAAAGGAUGGAAGACUGGGGUGCACCAGGGAAAAUGAUCCAGUUCUUGGUCCUGAUGGAAGGACCCAUGGCAACAAGUGUGCGAUGUGUGCUGAGUUGUUCUUAAAAGAAGCCGAGGAAAAUGCCAAGAGAGAAAAUGAAACUAGAAAUCGGAGAAGUGCUGAGAAGGCUCUGUGCAAGGACUAUGAAAGCCAGGUGAGGAAUGGAAGACUUUAUUGUACACGGGAGAGUGACCCAAUCCGUGGCCCGGAUGGCAAGAUGCACGGCAACAGAUGUGCCCUGUGUGCUGAAGUCUUCAAAAGGCGUUUUUUAAGAGAAAACAAUGAGGCAAAUAAAAACCCUAGAGAGUCUGAAGAAAGAGCUAACGAUAGAAGAGAAAUUAAGAAACUCUGCAGUGAAUAUGAGAAUAAUGCAAGGAAUGGAAUGUUUUAUUGUACCAGAGAAAGUGACCCUGUCCUUGGCCCAGAUGGGAAAAUGCAUGGCAACUUGUGUUCCAUGUGUCAAGCCUUCUAUCUAGCAGAAGCUGCAGCAAAAAAACUGAGUGAAGCAAGAUGGAGAAGAGAAUCUGGAAAAGAACCUUCACAGUCUUGCCCAGUUUAUUUAUCUUGGCAGGAGCGCUGCAGUAUUUACCGUAAAUAUCUGAAGAAUGGAAAGCUCCACUGCCACAGAAAGAGUGCUCCCAACCAGAACUCAGAAGGAAUAAUGAGUAGUGACACCUGCUUCAAGUGUGCAGCCUUCUUUCAACAAGAUAAAAGAGCAAGAUCAAAGGCUAAGAGAGAAGCAGCAGAGGACCUUUGCAGUGAAUUUCGCGGCCAAAUGAGAAAUGGAAUGCUCAUGUGCACCAGGGAGCGUGACCCUGUCCGUGGCCCAGAUGGCAAAAUGUAUGGAAAUAUGUGUGCCAUGUGUGCAAAUGUGUUAAAACUUGAAAAAGAAUUGAAAAAUUAUGACAAGGAAGAAAAGGAGAAAGUUGAGACUGAUAAAGUCAGGAGAGCAGCAGUAGAGGAGCUGUGCAGUGAAUACCGCAAUUAUGUCAGGAAUGGUCAACUUCCCUGCACCAGAGAGAAUGACCCCAUUGAAGGUCUAGAUGGAAAAAUCCAUGGCAAUACCUGCUCCAUGUGUGAGGCCUUCUUCCGGCAAGAAGCAAAGGAAAAAGCAGAAGCUGCAUCCAGAACAAAAAUUAAGAGAGAAACUAACAAGGAUGCAUGCAGUGAGUUUCGGGGCCUUUUGCAAAAUGGCAAUCUUUACUGCACACGAGAAAAUGACCCUGUGCGUGGUCCUGAUGGCAAGACUCACGGGAACAAAUGUGCCAUGUGCAAAGCAGUCUUCCAGAAAGAAGAUGAAGACAGAAGGAGAAAGGAAGAGGAAGAUCAGCGGACUGCUGCCGGCCGCGGUACCAAUGGCGGUGGAGGGAAGGCGCAGGACCCGUGUGCUGAAUAUCGUGAAAGCAUGAAAGAUGGAAAACUUAGCUGUACUCGGGAGAAUGACCCUGUACGUGAUGCAGAUGGCAAAUCAUAUAACAAUAAGUGUGCCAUGUGCAAAGAAAUCCUACAAAGAGAAGCAAAUGAGAAGAAUAAACAUUCUAGUAACAGAUCAAAUGGGACUGAAUCAGCAUCAGGAAAGGAUGAAUGUGAUCAAUUUAGGAGUCAAAUGAAAAACGGACAACUUAUUUGUACCCGGGAAAGUGACCCUGUCCGGGGUCCAAAUGGCAAGACACAUGGCAAUAAGUGUGCCAUGUGUAAGGAAAAACUGGAAAGGGAAGCAGCUGAAAAAAAAAAGAAAGAAGAUGACAUGAGAAACAGAGGAAAGAAUGAUCAAUGUCAUGAAUUCCGGAGCCAAGUGAGGGAUGGAAGACUUAUCUGCACCAGAGAAAAUGACCCUGUUCGAGGUCCAUAUGGAAAGAUGCAUGUUAACAAAUGUGCCAUGUGUCAGAGCAUUUUUGAGCGAGAGGCCAAUGAAAGAAAACAGAAUGAUGAAAAACAAAGAGCCAAACCAACAAAUGAUGCAAAGGAUGAAUGCAGUAACUUUCAGGCAUACUUGAGGAAUGAUCAGCUCUUGUGCACUAGAGAAAAUGACCCUGUACGUGGUGCUGAUGGAAAGAUAUACAAGAACAGGUGCUACAUGUGCAGAAGUAUCUUUCAAAAGGCCAAAGACAAGACAGCCUACGUUAGGUCUUCUGAAGAGGAAGGCAGCACGGAGCGCCCCAGAUCUUCUCUGGAUUCUGAGAUGUGCAAACAGUACCGAGUAGUGCCCAGAAUGGGUUACCUUUGCCCAAAGAAUUUACAACCUGUCUGUGGUGAUGAUGGUCAGACAUACAACAAUCCCUGCAUGCUCUGUCAUGAAAACCUGAUACGCCAAACAAAUACACAUAUAAUCAGUGAGGGGCCAUGCACGGACACCAGAAUCCCGGGAACGACACCACUCAGCAGGUCAACAUCAGAAAAAUGAUGUGAAAAUUUGUAAAAAGUCAUGAGGAAAAAUGUGUUCCCCUAAUCAUCUGCCCUCACCAUCUGAACAUAGAAUGCUUGGACGCUCAUCUUAUUUACUUUAUAAAACAAUUACUGAGCUGUUGGGGGGACAGACUUUCAGUCCUAUCCAUCUCUUCCUCCUAAAUUCUGUG